UCCGCCAAUACCGCGGUAACUUCCGUCAUAUUGCUGUUUUACCCGUCAGUGUUUACAGCAGCCAGUACUGAUUCUGCCAGCCGUGUAGAUUUUUCGUCGCCAAGAUGGGAGAGCGGAAAGGAACAAACAAAUACUAUCCGCCAGACUUUGAUCCGGCUAAGCAUGGUUCUCUCAAUGGUUACCACAAAACACAUGCCCUGCGGGAGCGGGCUAGAAAGCUGUCCCAGGGCAUCCUCAUCAUCAGGUUUGAAAUGCCAUACAACAUCUGGUGUGAUGGCUGCAAGAACCAUAUAGGCAUGGGUGUCCGAUACAAUGCAGAGAAGAAGAAAGUGGGCAACUACUUCACCACACCUAUCUACAGGUUCCGGAUGAAGUGCCACCUGUGUGUCAACUACAUCGAAAUGCAAACAGACCCAGCUGCAUGCGACUAUGUCAUCGUCAGUGGCGCCAGCCGGAAAGAGGAGCGAUGGGACAUGGCCGACAAUGAGCAGAUACUCACCACCGAGCGUGAAGAGAAGGAGAAACUGGAGACGGAUGCCAUGUUUAAAUUGGACCAUGGCGGGAAGGACAAGGAGAAGCUGAUCAAGGCGCUGCCUUCAUUGCUAGAGCUGCAGGACCACCAGGCCGGGUGGAAAGAUGACUUUCAACUCAACAGCGCCCUACGCAGGAAGUUCAGGACAGAAAAGAAAUUAAUGGUGGAAAAAGAGGAGAAGGAUGAUGCAGUGAGGGCAAGGACCAACCUGAGUAUACCGCUGCUUCCUGAGCGCAAAGAGGAUCAGAGGCUGGCAGCACUCCUCAGCUUGCAGACACCAGAAUCAUGCGAGGACAGACAGCGCGGAAAACGGCAGGAGAUCUCCUCACGCUCAUGGUUCAACACAACCCCAGGGGGUACCACCACUACAACCUCCACCACAUCUGGAAGUCUCCUUCAAAAGCUGGGCCUUCAGGGCAAAGAGGUGGCCAUUGCCAAGGCUUUGGGCUCCUCACGGACACCCCUGAUACGCAGGAAGUCACACUCCCAGGAGUUGACGCCAUCGACGUCGUCACAGGAAAAUGUAAAUAUUGAGCAGGACACAAGUGCGUCAAGUUUGGGUUCCCUCGUGCCCAGUUACAGUGACUCAGACUCAGACCAUGGUCAUUGAAGGCAAGCAAUGGCUUACUUAAUGACUGACGCCUUACACUCUGCCUGCAGGAAUUCCCAAGUGUUCCCUCUCUGUUCCACCUGGACACUGGUGACGUCUCAGCGCAAACACGACAUCCAGAUAACUUGUGUUCCUAUUGAUUAUUUUUUUUAAACUACCAGGAAUCUAGACUGAAAUUCUGCUUGCUCUUUCAAAGCAGUCAAUACAGAAAUGACACCGAACAAAUAUACUGAUGUUGUGGAUGUGGUGUACCAAAUAAUGUCCACGAUGUGAAAUAAAUGUUAGAAAA